AUGCAGAUGAACAUCUACAUGAGAAUGAUGCUUCAUGGUCGACAAAUGCAAGGUGAAAACCAGAAUAUGAAUUCGGUAAUGGAUGAGCAAGCUCCUCCUAAUAUGAACUUGCUUAUGAAUGAGGAACACAAGAACCUGAAUUUCCUAAUGGAGGAGCAAGCUCCUCCGAAUAUGAACAUGUUCAUGAACGAUAUGGACUUGAAUGUGAAUAUGGGGCAAACAUUAAAUUUGAACAUGAUGGGACAACCGAUCAUGUUUGAUGAACCGAAUGCAUUCGCAAUCGAGGAACCGAAUCCACACAUGACGGGGGAGAAUUUUAACAUAGAGGCAGAAAACAAUAACAUGACCAGAAGUGAAAACCAUGUUCUAGAGGCAGUGGAAGCCUUCCAUGAAGAUGAAGAGGGCGAGGGUGAAGGCGAAUACUGGGCCGAGGAGGGCGAGAGUUCUAACAGGAGGAGGAAAACUUACAUUCGCCACAGCCAAGCACAGAUUCAGGAAAUGGAGAAAUAUUUUAAGGACUGUCCACGCCCUGAUGACAAACAAAGAAGGAUGUUGAGCCUUCAAUUGGGUAUGGAUUUGGUGCAGGUUAAGUUCUGGUUUCAGAACAAACGGACUCAAUUGAAGGCUCAGCAGGAACGUGACGAGAAUUGUCAACUUCGUGAUGAAAAUGAGCAACUUAAGACAGAUAAUUUGAGGUACAAAAAUUUCAUAAAGAAUUUCUUGUGUCAUAAAUGUGGCGGACCAAGCAAUAAACAUGGAGAGAUCUCGACCGAAGAGGAGGAGCAGCGUUUGAUAGCGGAGAAUGAGCGCAUAAGAGAAGAAGUUGCUAGAGUUUCUAAUAUAGCUUCGGCCGGAAGAAGUAGGAACAUGGGGACUAGGCCUAACAACAACUGCAUGAUCCAAGGGCAGUCAUCUAGAAUGGUAUCAGAACAAAACCAGAUAAGAGCAGCAGUAGUGAUGCCGGGACAAGGUGGUGGUAGCAGCAUGUCUAGGGUCUCGAUAAAUCAUCAGCAGCAGCCGCCUCGGCCACAGCAGCAGACUCUGCCAGGGGAUCUAAUAGACAGGGAUAUGAUUUGGCAGAUUGCAAUGAUAUCCAUGGAAGAGAUUGUUAAAAUGGCCGAAAUGGGGGAACCUCUGUGGAUCCCAAAUCGUUCUGAUUGCGAUAUCGGGUUCAAGUUGAAUGAAGAGGAGUAUUUUCGGGUUUUCCCCAUAGGAUUCGGGCCUCGCCCUGGAAAUCUUUACUGCGAGUCCUCUCGCCACUCCACCACCCUUACCAUUAGUUCCGGUUCUCUUUUGGAUGUUUUCAUGAGUCCGACUCAUUGGAAGAGCUUCUUCAGUGCCAUUGUUUCAAAAGUGUCUUGUUUGGAAAUCUUGUCAAGUGGAAUGUUGCCAGGAAAUCAUAAUGGUGCAUUGCAAGUGAUCUUUAUAGAGUCGCAUGCGCAGACUCCUUUUGUUCCGAUCCGUGACAACAUAGUGGCAAGGUACUGCAGGCAAGUGGGUGAAAAGAAGUGGGCAGUGGUGGACGUAUCUCUGGACAUAUUCCGGUCAUUCCAUCUAGUGAAAUCGAGGAAAAGGCCUUCCGGGUGCAUAAUUGAAGAUAUGGGCGAUGGAUUCACAAAGGUGACUUGGAUAGAGCACGUUGAAGCAGAAGAAGCGUCUGGUGUUCAUCCAAUCUACAAGGCUCUGGUCAGCUCCGGGUUAGCUUUUGGGGCCAAACGUUGGCUCGGUAUUCUCCAGAGCCAAACCGAUCGUCUGGUCAGUGUCAUGUACAGCACCCUGCCCUUUUCUGACAUAACGGUGGCGAUAAGUACGGAAAGUAAAAGGAGCCAUACUCGGUUAUCUGAGAGGAUGGUAGGGAUCUUUAACUCGGGAGUGAGUGCGGCUAUAGGGCAUCAUCCUUGGACUACUAUAAUUCCAUACAAUGGCCCAAAUCAAAUUAGAGUUCUCAUGAUCAGGAACACAGAUAUUCCCGGUCGUCCCGUAGGGGUCAUCCUUGUCGCUACAUAUUCCUUUUGGCUCAAUGCCAUGCCCAUCACUAUCUUUCAAUAUCUCCAAAAUCAACAAACAAGGAGUCAGUGGGAUGCUCUUACAUCUUCUAUGCAACCAAUUGAAGAAAUCUCCCGCGUUGGGAUUGGCCGAGAUAAUGCUAACAGCGUAUCCGUGCUACGACUUAGUCCUGAUAUGCUGGUCCUGCAAGAGGAAAAUUGGGAUCCAAUGGGAGCGUACAUUGUAUAUGCCCCGGUUGACAGCACGGUGGUGAACCUGACUUUGGUGGGUGGGGAUUCGGACUUCGUGACAAUGCUUCCUACCGGUUUUGUGAUAAGUCCCGACGGUCUGGGCAAUGGAAGUGAUGGGGCCGGGUCAUUGGUAACUUUAUCCAUGCAGAUUUUGGUUGAUUCUAAUCUCAAUGUUGUGGUUCAACAGUCAUCUGUCGACGCUCUUACUACUUUGCUCAACAACACCGUCGAUAGUCUCAAGCUUGCCUUCAUGAACCAGGAAGAUCUUUUCUUUACUUAG